UCAGGAAGUACACGGACGGCCGCCGUGUUAUCGAACCGCCGCUGGUUUCUGACGUUAUUCGCGGUCGUUUCACGUGUUUAUUCACGGUUUCCUCGCGUGUCUUCGAGCGCGUGUAAACUACAGAAACACCGCGGACUGAUUAUCGGAGGGAACACCGGAGAUACACCGGAGAAACUGACCGAAACUCCUGCGGGACACCUGCCGCUCCAGCGGGGGGACAUGCGCACCAGGAGCUGCGAGGUGUUUCACCUGCUUUAGAGGAAGAAACUCGGACCUGAACAGGAUUAUUAUGGACUCUUAACCUCCGCAGUAGUUUGGGGAAACGAGCUGGACGAUGUCUGUGAACGAGUUGUACACAAAGUUCACUCGGGUUUGGAUCCCCGACCCUGAAGAUGUGUGGAAGGCUGCAGAGAUCACCAGAGACUACAAAGAGGGAGAGUCGGUCCUGCACCUCAAACUGGAGGAUGAAACGCCUCUGGAGUACCCCGUGGGUCAGAAGAGUAACCCUCUGCCGUUCCUCCGUAACCCCGACAUCCUGGUGGGAGAGAACGACCUCACAGCUCUCAGCUACCUGCAUGAACCGGCCGUCCUGCACAACCUCCGAGUUCGCUUCCUGGAGUCCAACAACAUCUACACCUACUGCGGGAUCGUGCUGGUCGCCAUCAACCCGUAUGAGCAGCUGCAGAUUUAUGGCGAGGAGGUGAUCAACGCCUACACCGGGCAGAACAUGGGCGACAUGGACCCUCACAUAUUCGCUGUGGCAGAGGAAGCGUACAAGCAGAUGGCCAGAGAUGAGAGGAAUCAGUCCAUCAUAGUGAGCGGAGAGUCUGGAGCAGGAAAGACGGUGUCUGCGAAGUACGCCAUGCGUUUCUUCGCCACGGUGGGCGGCUCAGCUAACGACACUAACGUGGAAGAGAAAGUUCUCGCCUCCAGCCCCAUCAUGGAGGCGAUCGGAAACGCUAAAACCACUCGAAACGACAACAGCAGCCGCUUCGGGAAAUACAUCCAGAUCGUCUUCAGUCGACACUAUCACAUCAUCGGGGCCAACAUGCGCACGUACCUGCUGGAGAAGUCUCGGGUUGUUUUUCAGGCUGAAGACGAGAGGAAUUACCACAUAUUCUACCAGCUGUGUGCUUCGUCCACUCUGCCAGAGUUCAACGACCUCAGCCUCACCAGCGCAGAAGAUUUCACCUACACGUCUUUAGGGGAGAACAUCUUCAUCGAGGGAGUGAACGACGCCGAAGACUUUCAGAAGACCAGAGAGGCCUUCACUCUGCUGGGUAUAAAGGACAGCAGUCAGAGCAGCAUUUUCAAAGUAAUAGCGUCCAUCCUCCAUCUGGGCAACGUACAGAUCUGCUCCGAGAGAGACGGAGAGUCCUGCCGCAUCUCGAGAGACGACCUCCACCUGAAGCACUUCUGCCGGCUGCUGGGGGUGGAGCUGCAGCAGAUGGAGCACUGGCUCUGUCACAGGAAGUUGGUCACCGCGUCCGAGACGUACGUCAAGAACAUGUCGAGCAAGCAGGCGGCCAACGCCCGCGACGCUCUGGCCAAACACAUCUACGCUCGCAUGUUCGACUGGAUCGUGGAGCACAUCAACAAGUCCCUGCAGACGUCCUCCAAACAGCACUCCUUCAUCGGAGUCCUGGACAUCUACGGGUUUGAGACCUUCGAGGUGAACAGUUUCGAGCAGUUCUGCAUCAACUACGCCAACGAGAAGCUUCAGCAGCAGUUCAACUCUCAUGUGUUUAAGCUGGAGCAGGAGGAGUACAUGAAGGAGCAGAUCCCCUGGACUCUGAUCGACUUCUACGACAACCAGCCCUGCAUCGACCUGAUCGAGGCUCGACUCGGCAUCCUGGACCUGCUGGACGAAGAGUGUAAAGUGCCGAAGGGGACGGACCAGAACUGGGCCCAGAAGCUCUACAAGCAGCACUCGAGCAGCGUCCACUUCCAGAAACCUCGCAUGUCCAACAUCUCCUUCAUCAUCAAUCACUUCGCUGAUAAGGUGGAAUAUCACUGUGAAGGUUUCCUGGAGAAGAACAGAGACACCGUGUACGAGGAGCAGAUCAACAUCCUGAAGGCCAGUCAGUUUCAGCUCGUCGCAGAUCUGUUUCACGAGAAGGACGACGUCACUUCGUCAUCGAAGACGUCCAGAGUGAACGUCCGACCGGCGAAGUCGCUUCCCAAAGCUCCCAACAAGGAGCACAGGAAGACCGUGGGACUCCAGUUCCGCAGCUCUCUGCAUCUUCUCAUGGAGACGCUGAACGCCACCACGCCUCACUACGUCCGCUGCAUCAAACCCAACGACCUGAAGGAGGCCUUCUCGUUUGACUCCAGUCGAGCAGUUCAGCAGCUUCGAGCCUGCGGAGUCCUGGAGACCAUCCGGAUCAGCGCCGCCGGGUACCCGUCCAGGUGGACGUAUCCAGACUUCUUCAGCAGGUAUCGAGUGUUGAUGAAGAAGUCGGACAUAACGUCAGCAGACAAGAAGCUGGCCUGUAAGAACCUGCUGGAGACUCUGGUGAAGGAUUCAGACAUGUUCCAGUUCGGUAAGACGAAGAUCUUCUUCCGAGCGGGUCAGGUAGCGUACCUGGAGAAGCUGCGGGCCGAUAAGUUCCGCGCCGCCUGCAUAAAGAUCCAGAAGACGGUGCGAGGCUGGCUGCAGAGAGUCCGCUACCGCAAGAUCCGCAAGUCUGCCGUCACGCUACAGAGAUACGGCCGAGGAUACCUGGCUCGCAGGUUCGCCGAGCAGCUGCGUCUGACGCGAGCCGCCCUCGUCUGUCAGAAACAGUAUCGUAUGGUUCAGACUCGUCGGGCCUAUCUGAGAGUGAGACAGGCUGUGAUCACCAUCCAGGCGUUCACCAGAGGGAUGUUCACCCGCAGGAUCUACCAGGAGUUCCUCCUGCACCACAAGGCCAUGAUCAUCCAGAGGAGCGUCCGCGGCUGGCUGCAGAGGAGGAAGUUCAGACGGGCGCGCGACGCCGCCGUCACCAUCCAGUGCGCCUACAGACGCCUGCGAGCGAAACGACAACUCAAACAGCUGAAGAUCGAAGCUCGUUCUGCAGAACACCUGAAGAAACUCAACACGGGCAUGGAGAACAAGAUCGUCCAGCUGCAGAGGAAGAUGGACGACCAGAGUAAAGAGCUGCGGCAUCAGAACGAGCAGCUGGUGGUGACUAACAGCAGUUUGGGCUCAGAGGUGACGAAGCUGCAGAAGCAGCUGGAGCAUCUGCGCAGUCGGCGGGACGAAGGUCAGCUGACGUCGCUGCAGGACGAGCUGCAGACGGCGAGAGAGGAGCUGCGGGAGGCCAAGAAGCUGCAGGAGGAGCACGGCAGCGAGAAGCUGCGUCUGCAGCAGAGGGUGGAGGAGCUGGAGAGAGAAAACUGUCUGCUGAAGAGUGAGAAGGAAGACAUGAACCAAAAGCUUCUUCAGCACUCAAAGAGCGUCGAAGAGGACGACAGCAGCGUGUCUCAGAGAGAGGUGUCUCUGCAGUCGGAGCUGGACGCGGAGCGGCAACGUUACCAGAAUCUGCUCAAAGAGUUUUCCAGACUGGAGCAGAGAUACGACAACCUGAAGGAGGAAGUGUCUCUGUCCAAGUUCCACCCGGGUCACAGGAGGAACCCGUCCAAUCAGAGCAGCCUGGAGUCGGACUCUAACUACCCGUCCAUCUCCACGUCGGAGGUGGGAGACACCGAGGACUCCAUCCAGCUGGUGGAGGAGAUGGGAGUGGAGAAGGCGGCGAUGGACAUCAGUCUGUUCAUGAAGCUGCAGAAGAGAGUCAGAGAGCUGGAGCAGGAGAGGAAGAGACUGCAGGCCAACGUGGACAAGAUGGAGGAGCUCGCCAAGCGCAGGGACUCUGAGGUGAAGAGUCCCACCUCUGAGCAGGAGACGGCGGAUCUGGCCUACAACAGUCUCAAGAGACAGGAGCUGGAAUCAGAGAACAAGAAACUGAAGAACGACUUGAACGAGCUGAGGAAGACCGUCGCCGAGCGCGUGUCGCAGAACAGCAGCUCGUCCAAUGAGCAGCAGGACGGCUACAACGUCCUGCUGAGUCAGCUCAAAUCAGCCAGCGAGGAGCUGGAGGCCCGCAAGGAGGAAGUCCUGAUCCUGAGGACGCAGAUCGUCAGCGCCGCACAGCGACAAGACAAGAACGAUCAUAUACAGGACGAAAACAACAGCAAAGAGCCCAUCGAUGAAGAGGAGGCUCUGAAAGCCUAUCACGGACUGUGUGAGUCCAAGAAGCUGCUGGAGGCUCAGCUGCAGUCUCAGUCCCGGCAGCACAAAGACGAGCUGGAGGCUCUCCACACUCAGAUCGAGCUGCUGAAAGACGACAUCGAGAAGAAGCAGGAGAUCCUCAACUACACCAUGUCGCUGUCGCCCGAGGCGCAGGUGGAGUACAGCGUCCAGCAGGAGAUCACACGCCUCACCAACGACAACCUGGACCUGAAGGAGCUGGUGGAGAAGCUGGAGAAGAACGAGAGGAAGCUGAAGAAGCAGCUCAGGAUCUACAUGAAGAAAGUCCAGGAGCUGGAAGUCUCUCAGGCCGCCGCCGCCGCCGCUGCGUCUCAGACCGGCAGGUCGAACCCGGAGCUGAGCCGUCAGGUGACCGUCCAGCGCAAAGAGAAAGACUUCGAGGGGAUGCUGGAGUACAGCAAGGAGGACGAAGGCCUGCUGGUCAAGUCUCUGAUCGCUGACAUCAGACCGAACACGGUGUCGGCUACGGUUCCCUGUCUGCCGGCUUACAUCCUCUUCAUGUGCAUCCGACACGCCGACUACAUCAACGACGACCAGAAGGUGGCGUCACUGCUCACCUCCACCAUCAACGCCAUCAAGAAGGUCCUCAAGAAGAACAACGAUGACUUUGAGAUGACGUCCUUCUGGCUGGCCAACACCAGCCGCCUCCUGCACUGUCUGAAGCAGUACAGCGGCGACGAGGUGUUCAUGACGCAGAACACAACCAAACAGAACGAACACUGUCUGAAGAACUUUGACCUGGCCGAGUACCGACAGGUGCUGAGUGACCUUUCCAUCCAGAUCUACCAGCAGCUCAUUAAAGUGGCAGAAAGCAUCAUACAGCCGAUGAUCGUGUCGGCCAUGUUGGAGAGCGAGAGCAUCCCCAGCCUGGCGGGCGUGAAGCCGAUGGGCUACAGGAACCGCUCGUCCAGCAUGGACAACGACGGCAGCGGACCCAGCAGCUACACGCUGGAGGCUCUGAUCCGACAGCUGGGCCAGUUCCACGCCGUCAUGAGAGACCACGGCCUGGACCCCGAGAUCGUGGGCCAGGUGGUCCGACAGCUCUUCAACUGCAUCAACGCCGUCACCCUCAACAACCUGCUGCUGCGUAAAGACGUCUGCUCCUGGAGCACCGGCAUGCAGCUCAGGUAUAACACCAGUCAGAUGGAGGAGUGGUUGAGAGGAAACAACUUGUAUCAGAGUAAAGCUGCAGCGACUCUGGAGCCGAUCAUCCAGGCUGCUCAGCUGCUGCAGGUCAAGAAGAAAACUACUCAGGAUGCUGAAGCCAUCUGCUCCCUGUGCAGCAGCCUCACCACGCAGCAGAUCGUUAAAAUCCUGAACCUCUACACGCCGCUGAACGAGUUUGAAGAAAGAGUCACCGUGUCGUUCAUCAGAAACAUUCAGAAUCGUCUCCAGGAGAGAAACGAUCCUCCGCAGCUCCUGUUGGACACCAAACAAACGUUCCCGGUGCUCUUCCCGUACACGCCGUCCGCUCUCAGCCUGGAGACGCUGCACAUCCCCGCCUCCCUCAACCUGGACUUCCUCAUCAGGGUCUGACGUCCGGAAGACGUAAACACGUCAGCCCAGUUUCAGCCCAGUUUAUCCUCCGUGUGCCUCAAACCAGAGAACAACAGCAGCAGCAGCAGGAGCAGCAGCAUCACGUCUUCUUCUGUCCUGAUUCUUCUUCUUCUUCUUCUUCUUCUGUUACAUCAGAGCAGCUCUGCAGUCUGCUGACAGCCAAUCAGAGAGAGAAGAUCAGUCCGAGAGUCCGGAGAGAAACUAGUCUCAAUAGUUUUCACAGAAACAUGUUUCAUGAUCCACAAAUAAUAAAUCAAUAAGAUGAUUAAUGGAUAAAAAUCACUGAUGAUCAUUAAUCUGUUUACUAGUCUGAUGAUUGAAGAGAUUUCUUCAAUGUGUGACAGUAAACUGAAGAUCUUUGAGUCGCGGAUCAAACAAAACAUUUGAUGACUUAAAGAAACACUGAUUGAUAUUUUAUGGACCAAACGACUAAUCGAUUAAUCUUCCUCAUGAUUUAGAUAUUAGUCAUUAAUCAAUGUUAGUGAUUACUGUGUUUGUUUGUGGACAUGAUGAUGAUGAUGAUGAUGAAGGUGAUGAUGAUGAUGGAUUAUUAGUGUUGAGACUAAUUUCUCUCCAUCAGGUGAAUGUUUGUUUGAAAGGAGAUGAAUAAAUAAAGUUCAGGUACGAUGACGAUGAGGAGGAGGAGGAUGAUGAGGAUGAUGAUGAUGAUGAAGGUGAGGGUACGUUGAGAGUUAUAAUAGAUCAGAAUCAGGUCGGAGAGGCGAUGACAUCAUCGUCACUCUCAGCCAAUCAGUUUGUAAUAAUAAAUAUAUUUAUGACUUCCUGUUUUCA